GGCGGUUUAUAGGAGUGUUUGCGUUGCAGCUGUCUGUAGUGAUGCGUUCAUUCGUUUGUCGAUAGACAGCAUGGUUGGGAGGUUCUUUAAUGAUCUGAUAUCCAUAAUUGUGGAUAUCAACAAAGAUAAUAGCUUUUAUGACCAUCAAUAUGAGGCUAUUAAGAUUGUCAAGGCAGAAACAGAUGAACUUCACGAUAGUUUACGUAAAUUGAGCUGGUUUUACCAUCACUUGAGGACAAAAAUUCUUUUUCAUAAAGUAUCUUCCGCUCACACAGUGAAUCAUCGUGGAGUUCGGUAUUUCUCACUGGGAUACUUUAAAUUCAAGAUGCCCACUAGUUCAAUGCAACGUAAUUAUAUUGAGUUCUUUAGAUUAUUGGAGAAAAACCCUCUGCUUAUUGCUGAAUUGUUGCAUUAUUACAAAUUAAACAUUCAGAUCUUAGAACAUAUCGCGCGUUCUGUUUGCUUGGUUACUUGCACUUAUCCCCUGAACUCAUGCAACCAAUUGGUUCAACUCGCAAUUGCUCACUAUCUGCAGCAGUGCCUAAAUGUUGUGAAAUGUGCAGUUUACUCCAAGUCAGAGAUUUUAAACUUAGUACAUUUAUUCAUAUUUUGUUCCACUGGGGUUCGGUCGUUUUUAAAUUCACUACUGCAAAACAUAAUCUUCAGGCUUACCAACAAUGAUCCGUGCUUACCGUUUAAUAUUCUCGAAUCCUCUCGAGAGAAAAUGAAAACUAACACUGAUUCCUCAGUUCCAAGUUUUUUUGCCAUUCUUGUCAAUAUCAUUAUUGAUAGUUUGACAGAUAACAUGCUACUGUUUCCUCAAUCAGUUCUUGUUCUACUGGGCAAUAUACGUCAUAUUUGGUCUAAUGCCAAACUACCACAAGAAAAUAUUUUGUGUGCCUGUGUACAAUUUGUCUUCAAGGAUUUCAUUGGGUCUGCUUUUGGUGAGCCUGAACUAUUCAAUAUCACCCUUGAUGUUAUUCCAUUUCGCAGGAUAUUCCGGGUUCUAAAAGAAACAGUUGAAAUUUUUCCUUCAUUACUUCUCGAGGGUGAUAACUCUGUGUUAUCCAAUAUUGUAACUAGUCAAAAAAGCUCAACAAGUAAAUGCGAUGAUUGUGCACAGAUUAAAGUUGAACAGAUAAAAACAUUCACCAAGUUCAUAUUUGGUGCUGCUGAUUCCAUGUCUUUUUCGGGUAGUUUGCUAGGAGAGCAAUCUGAGAAUGUGUCACUCAAUAAGAAUAUUUCUCAGUUUGAUGAGUUAAAUGACGACAUUUCAACGAGUUCAUUUAACGAUGGUGUCAUUUCCGUAACUUCUAAUGAUUUGAAUAUUUUGAUUGGUUGUAUUCGUAUUCUUUUGAAAACAAAACCGAAUUCUGAUCCACUUCUUAAAUUGGUCGAUCGUUUACCCUCUCAAGUACCUGGUGCUACGAUUGGAGUGAAACAGUCUUUUGAUAAUACUUUGAAGGCAUCAGAUUCAGAUGUGAAUACAAUAUCUGCUGUGUUGGUUGAUAUAUCAGAAAAUAAUGUAGCUAAAACAAUAGCUCGUGAAAUUAGUCGAUCAAAUAACAAGGCACCAUCAUCAUUAUCACCACAAAGACAACGUAGUCAUUCAUUGAAUCGUCUAUUCAGCAUGAAGCAUAAAUCUGUUAGUCAUGCUGAAGAAAUACAUACACUGAAUAAUAAUGUCGCUGUUACUGUUGCUCCUGUUGCUGCUGCUACUGUUACUACUACUCCUACUACUAGUGGACAAAGUUCUAUCCAUCGAAGAAAAGAUAUGCGGUCUAAUAACAGCGAGAAUUCAGAAAUUGUUUAUUUAUUCGAUUUAAAUUCUACAUAUCAUGAUAAUAGUAGUCAUAAUGACCAUGAUAGUUUACUUCGUGACGCUGCAAUGAAUAGAAAAUGGAGAUUUGUGGUUAACGCGAAUAAAAAUGAUCAUGAUCAUGAAAAAUUGAAUAAUUCUGUUGUCGAAGCGACUUGUUCAUAUAAUGGUGAUAGUGUUCCAAUAAAUCACAAUUAUUCAAAUGUAAUUAUAAAAAGUCAACUGAAUGGCAUUAGUCCUGGUGAUUGUAGUUUCGAGGGUGCUUGUGCUGGCGGUAGUGGUAGUGUGAUCAGUGGCACAGAUGAAUCGAUGAGUAGAUCAAGCUGUGAACAUCAUCAUCAUUCCAUCGAUGAAAGUCAUACAACAGCAAAGGUCACUGCUAGCAGUGAACAACAUAGUGUUUUUGAAUCUCCGUGUCCUGCAUUGGUAAACACCACCGGUGGCUUAAACAAUGACAGUCAUUCAAAGAAUGACUUUUCACAAGAUCAUUUUCUAACUAGUCAAAGGUCUAGUGACGAAACUACUUCUCAAAACUCUGAUCCCAGUGGAUGUACCAGUUUAGCUAGUAGUGCUAAUGCUUUUGGGCGACAACAUCUUGAAACAGCAACAUCUGUCAGUGAAUCAUUACACAAUAAAAAUCUAGAUGGCAUACAAUUGAAUCAAGGCUUUUCUCACUUUACUUCAGCUUCUGGUCCUUCAAUCAAUUCCUCUUCACAUAUUUCUUCAUCUUCACCGCCAACUUCUCCAAAACAAGAUUUCUGUGAUUCACUGAGUGGAAAUAUCAAUGAUCGUACUACACAAUAUGUGGCAAGUAGCUCAAUGUCUCGAGGGAUUGAAAAGCGUACUAGAUUUUCCAUUUCAGUCCUGCCUAGUAACUCAGAAGUACGAGAAUUUGGAAAUGCUACAUUUACACCCAAUCGUUCGUUCCUAAUGCAAUCUAAAGUGCCGCAAACAAGAUAUAGUAAUAGUGAACCCACUGCUUCAUCAUCAGUUGUCAGAUGUAGUUCAGUUGAUUUAAGUCAAUCUGAUUUAAUCAACCGUUUAGAUCGUUCAUCAAAUGAAACAACAAGUAAAUGUGAUCCUGUUGAAAAAUCUCAUUUAGGCUUUGUUUCUGAGAUACCUGUAUCGAGUACUCUUAAGCAUAAUAAUAAAAAGACAGCAGUUCAACUUCGUUGUUCGUCUCUUACAUCUUUAUGUGGAACCACUAGCAAUACUUCAUUGCCAAUACAUCGUCUACAUCGACACUCGAGGAAGCUUGGUGCAAGCACUUCGAAUCAGGAUAUUGAAGGUCCAGGUACUUCUAGCUUCUCUGUGGAUAGUGCAUCAAAUGAUAGCGAUAGUGAUAGUGGAUUGAUAGGAGCUGCAACGUCACAGCAUAGUACUGCUUCAUCUUCAUGUCAUUUUAACGCAUCCUUUUUACAUUCAUUUCAAAGUUCAUCACAUGAUACAGCUGAUGUUAGAGAAGUUGAUGAACAAUCCAGUUUGUUAACAUGUUCAUCAUGUGGUGUACAUCUAGGUGAAGAUGUUAUCCCUGAUCCAAUUCCAGAAAAUUCAGAAUCACAAGAUGGUACUCAUGAUAUUGGUAGUGAUCAAAUCGGUACACAAGUUGAUGAACAAUCUAGUUAUCCAAGAGAUGAAGAAGAUGCACUGUCUGAUUUACCACUAUCAUCAGCAAAUAUAUCUGGUCGUGUAACACCUUUAUCAUUAACAAGUACAACAUCUCGUGGUGGUCAAUUAACUCAUUCCAGUUUUCAUGGAACUGAAAACAAUUAUCGUACUUCAGGAAUGUACUCUCAGUCUGGUUUAAUCUUACCUACUGGAACAACUUUACCAGCAAAUGUAGCUCAUCUAGCAAGAUGUGGUGUUGGUGGUGUUGGUGGUGGUGGUGGGGGUAGUGGUCCAGUCGAUUUUCCUUCAACACUUUUUCAACGACAUUGUACACCAGAUGUUACAGAAAAAUUUAAUAAAUUCGAUUUACCUCCGCCUCGAUUAACAGAAAAUGAAACUCGAUCUACUGUCAGUGAUACAUGGUCUACAGAUGUACUUCCAUCGGAUACAGAAUAUGCUGAUCUUGGCCAAGAAUUUUCUGGUUCUCAGGCUAAUUUAACUCCAGAAAUAAUGAGUAGACGUCUGUCUAAUCGCACUUCACCACGUGUCUCACAUCGACAUACACAUCGUCAUCAUCAUAGGAGAACAGCACCUGUAUCAGAGUCAUUAACUCCUGAAACUACAGACAGUAGUAGUUUAAGGCCGCUACCUGAUGUUUCUUCAGAAUCAAAUGGUGGAGAAAUGCAACAACAUUUACCGUCUGAAUCACCCUUGGAGGGGAUGACAGUUAAUGAAGAAGGUGAAAGUGGGACGGACAAUGCUGAAGUGAACAAUUCUGGUCAUCUUGAAGGAGAUGCUGUAAAUUCUAAAAGAAAUCAUCAAUGUCAGGAUAAUUUUGAAUCAUUACAACCUACGGAUUCAAAUUCAACGGAGAAAAAGACUUCCUUCUCUCAACCGUCUCCUAAUCCGGUAGAUUUCUCAGCGGCUACAGAUUAUCAUCCUACACCGUCUACAUCACAUGCAAAAAUUCCACCAGUACAAACUGAUAAAGAUAAAUUUCGAACACUUCAGCCUACAGAUGGUCGACGCAGUGUGAAUGCUAAUCGUUUCCAUGGAAGUGCUCAUAAUUUAAAAGAAAGUUUUUCACGUCUCAUGGAAAGAUUAGAUAUUAUGACUAAACGUCAACGGAUAUCAACAAAUCCAAGUUUCGAAAAACAAAAUGGAAUUUCAGGAGCAUGUCACUACAAUGAUUGUCAGUCUAAUCUUUAUACACUACUUCCAGAUUUAAUGGAAUCAGUUACUAUGGCCUCAGGAAUAUAUGGACAGAAUCAGUCGUCUGUAAUUAUGUCCUCUCCUGCUUUGUUAAGAAAUUGUAAAACAGUGUCGAAUACAACCAAUAAACAAGGUACUACUGGGGCAAAUAAUUCAUCUCAGCCAUCAGACGACAACAUUAUUAAGAAAGAAGAAACUGUCGAUGAAAUGAUGGAACGGUAUCGUCGACAAACAUUCAAUAUCAAUACAACAUCAAAUUCAAUAUCUAAUCCUACUUACAAUGAAUACUAUAAUUCUAUUCCAAGUACAUCGAAAUCCCGUUUGCCUAAGAAGAAUAAGCAUAAAAUUGAAGAUACUGAAGAUAUAAGGAAUAAAAAUAUCCCCUCUAAGGCUUUGCUAUCAUCUGCACCAUCGUCUUCACCCUCUUCGAACUCGUCGGCUUCUUCUUCAUCGUCAUCGUCAUCAUCUUGUGCAUCUUUCUCCUCUUCUACCGGUGUACAUACCCAUAGAUCAAUUCCUCAGUUAUUCAAUUUAGCUCUACAUGGAUUACAAGAAAUCUUUUCUAAUUCAGCUUUAAGUAUUAUUGCUUUGAAUACUAUUCGGAAAAUAAAGUUCACAUGGAAUUUAAUCCGUGAACAACCAUUAUCUCAAGAAGUUAAUAUGACGGGUAUAUUUCAUGAAAAUCAAAUUUUAAUUUCUUUACUUAAUUCUAUACUGGCUGGAUUGUAUGUUACUCAGCAAAAUUCAACAGUAGUUGAUGUCCUCAUAGAAACAAGAAAUAUUAUACUGGAAUUAAGCAAUCGAUUAGACAUUCAUAAGAAUUCUGAUCAUAACUCAUUACAUUCGAAUGUUGUAAAAAGUAAUGCAGUCUCGGCGGGAGUAGUAGUUAAUGGUUAUUCAUCGGAGAAUGAAUUCAACAAUCGUGAAGAUCGAAAUGAUUGGCAAUUCACAACAGCUAAUGAUCAAACAACAUCUUGUUCUCUUAUUCAAUGCUUAAUAUCUAGUCUUCGUCAAUAUCUUAGACAACGUCAAGUAUAUAGAGCUCAUUUGAUUAAAAGUCGUGAGCGAUUGAAUCAACUUAAAUCGAAUUUAGAGCUCUCAGUAAAUUGGUUGCAACAAGGUAUACGUCUUCAAGAAGAAUAUAUUCUCUGCCGGAAUUUAUCUGAACUAAUCAAUCAACACAAAGACUUAUUCACAGAAUUUCAUCAAGAAUUUACAAGUGAAACAUCCUAUUGUGAUCCAAAAGCCCGUGUUGAAAUGGUACGUAAACUUGUUAUACAAUUAUUGGAUAAAAUGAAAAUGAAAUGGCGUGAAUCAUCUUUCAAUAAUAAUAUUAUUACUAAUAGUAAUGGUAUUAUUUCAUCGGCAACAUCAUUACUAAAUCAAUAUGAUGGAUUUAUGCUGUCAAAUAAUAUUUGGUGCAGUAAUCCAAGGAAUCAUGAUAAUAAUAAUCAUAAUAAUAGUCAUAGUGUUGAGAAUAUAUUUAUACACUUGGAAAGACUUGUCAUGGAUGAGAUAUACUCUUAUGUAAUAUGGAUGAACGAUUCUACUGUUGAAGAAGAACGUGAUGAUCUCUUUCAUCGGGAAUUAGCCUUUUUACAGAAUACGAUUACACUAACAGAACUCCGCAUACCUGAACAUUAUCAUGUUGUUCUACCGCUUCAAUCUGUGCAAAAUGAACUCCGACUACUUGACUGUUAUCAUACACCAUUCGAUAAAUUUCGUUGCCUUAAACGUGUUAUGAAUCAUAUUCUAGCUGCCUUACAAUUGGCCCAUCCAACAUCAAUACCAUGCGCAGAUGAUCUUCUGCCUGUUCUUAUUUAUUUAAUAAUACAAGCAAAUCCUCCUCGUUUGCUUAGUAAUAUAGAAUUUGUAAACAACUUCGGUGGGGAUAGUUUGGAAAACGGUGAAAUACAAUAUAUUUGGUGUCAAUUUUGUUCAGCAGUGGCUGAGAUACGACAUCUAAUGUCUAUCAGACCUAUGAACAAUAAUAAUAACAAGUCGAGUUAGUCUCCGUUCUUCUUCUCCGUUCAUAUCAUCCAUCACAUGAUCAAACAGACUUUCAUAUGUGUAAUACUUUUACUACUAGUUUUGUUCUCUCAUAGCUUUUGGUAAUUCCAUUGUAAAAAAAAACGAAAACAAUAAUAAUAUAUUUUUGCUGCAUUAUUUCAGGAAAUAUGAUGACGAGAAAUAUAAAAAGAGAGUAGUUGUACAGGUUUUCUUUGUUUUUUUUGCUUUGAUAAAUUAGAAGUAUAGUUGUUGUACUUGAUUGAAUGCUCAGUCAUUUUAUUUCAACUCAGUAUCUUUCUCUUUUAUUAUUAUUAUUGUUAUUUUGAUCAUUACACUGCAUCAUCUCUUCUUUGUUUUUUCUCGUCUGACCUGACGUGUGCUGUGAUUAAUCCUCCUUAGGUAAAACAAAAAAAGUAAACAUUUUUUUCCACUGUGAACCCUUUACAAUGACUAUUUGUUAAAUGAAAAUAGACAAAUUGUUGUACACCAAAAUUAACUAUAGUAAGGCUAAUUUGUCAAGCAUUUUAUUACAGGCGUAUAACUCUUUUGAUUGCAUACAUUAAUUAUUUCGACAUAUUUCUUUAUUAUUUUUUUAAUUUCUUUGCGUUUCGAGUGGCGCAUAGGACUUGAAGCUUGAGAUUUUUGAGGUUUCACAAUAGCGAUGGUGUUGUUGUUUUUACGGGGGG